UUAUAUUUUUUAUUUACAAAUAUUUCAGAUGUUUUAAACAAAAAUAAAGAUGAAGAGCCAACUGUGAAAGAAGAAAUCGAGGAAGACAUAGACCCACCAGGUGUAAUAGUAACAAGAGUCAAAAGUGAAAUUGACCAAGAUCCUAUAGGUAGAGAAACCUUUGAACUUGUUGGUAGGUUAGAUAAACAAAGAGGGAUCUUCUUAUGGGAAAUACCACCUGAAUCUUUGACCCAGGAACAGAAAAUGUUCAGAGGGCACACUAAUGUUCGUAGGAGACCGAACUCCGAAGAAAAGUGUCAUAAAUGUGAAGAAUGUGGAAAGGGUUUUGUCCGCAAGGCCCAUUUCAUUCAGCAUCAAAGGGUCCAUACUGGUGAGAAACCAUUUCAGUGCACUGAGUGUGGGAAAAGCUUUAGUCGAAGUUCAUUUGUUAUUGAGCAUCAGAGAAUUCAUACUGGGGAACGGCCCUACGAGUGUAACUUCUGUGGGAAAACCUUCAGUGUGAGCUCGACUCUUAUUAGACAUCAGAGAAUCCACACUGGAGAAAGGCCUUACCAGUGUAAUCAGUGUAAACAGAGCUUUAGCCAGAGAAGGAGCCUUGUUAAACAUCAAAGGAUUCACACAGGUGAGAAACCCCAUAAAUGUAGUGACUGUGGAAAAGCCUUCAGUUGGAAGUCGCACCUUAUUGAGCAUCAGAGAACGCACACUGGGGAGAAACCCUACCACUGUACCAAAUGCAAGAAAAGUUUUAGUCGAAACUCAUUGCUUGUUGAACACCAGAGAAUUCAUACUGGAGAAAGACCUCAUAAAUGUGGUGAAUGUGGGAAAGCUUUUAGAUUAAGUACAUACCUUAUACAACACCAAAAAAUACACACUGGUGAGAAGCCUUUUCUUUGUAUUGAAUGUGGAAAAAGUUUUAGUCGAAGCUCAUUCCUUAUUGAACAUCAGAGGAUUCACACUGGUGAACGUCCUUAUCAGUGCAAAGAGUGCGGAAAAAGUUUCAGCCAGCUUUGCAACCUUACUCGUCAUCAGAGAAUUCACACAGGAGACAAACCCCACAAAUGUAAGGAGUGUGGAAAAGCCUUCAGCAGAAGCUCGGGACUCAUUCAGCAUCAGAGAAUACAUAUCAGGGAAAAGACGUCUCCAUACAAUGAAACUAAGGAAAGUUUUGAUCCUAACUGCAGUCUUCUUAUACAGCAGGAAGUCUACCCUAAGGAAAAAUCUUACAAAUGUGAUGAGUGUGGGAAAACUUUUAGUGUUAGUGCGCAUCUGGUACAGCAUCAAAGGAUCCACACUGGUGAAAAACCCUACCUGUGUACUGUCUGUGGGAAAAGCUUUAGUCGGAGCUCAUUUCUUAUUGAACAUCAGAGAAUCCACACUGGUGAAAGACCUUAUUUGUGCAGACAGUGUGGCAAAAGCUUUAGUCAACUUUGUAAUCUUAUUCGACAUCAGGGUGUUCACACUGGUAAUAAACCCCAUAAAUGUGAGGAAUGUGGUAAAGCCUUUAGCAGGAACUCGGGUCUUAUUCAACACCAGAGAAUACACACAGGAGAGAAACCUUACAGGUGUGAAAAAUGUGACAAAAGUUUUAGUCAACAACGCAGCCUUGUCAACCAUCAGAAGAUCCAUACAGAGGUGAAAACCCGAGAAAUUUAUGAAUGUGAUGCUUGUGGUGAAGCCUUUAAUUGUCAGAUUUCUCUAAUUCAGCAUCAAAAAUUGCAUAUUAUGUGGAUGCAGUAAAAUGAGAGACAUUUGUAUGCCCAAAUUUGAGACUAGCUACCGAAGUGCAGUUUUAGCAUGGCCCCAAUGUGGGUCAAAUUUAGUGAUAAAGCAAUUUCUCCUUGGCCUCAUGCAAAUAGUUUCUAAAGAUCCUAUGAAUAGUAGACAGUGCCUGUGGGGAACUGACUUGCAAUUACUCUUGGGUUUUGGAGCCAUAGAGAUUUGUUGGUCGAUCUAAUCCCAACCUUUUAGUAGAAUUGAUUGGGCAAAGCAUAAGAGAAAUGUUCUGAAGGAUAAAAUGAAAUUAAUGCAAGGGAACUAGGAACAACUGAUGGAGAGCUGGAAAUAGUUCAAAAAGUCUUCGGUUGCCAUCUCUUAUAGUUGCCCUUCAGUUCCAUGAUGUUUGGCAAUCCAUGUCAAACCCAGUGAUUAAGCAAAUGUAAUUUGUGCAAGUCCAGAUAUGUUCAAAGUCACCAUACACUGUUUAUCACUGUCUAAGGAAAGUUGUUGAAAAUUGUUUGUGAAAGGUGGGAGCUCCCCUGCUUCCCAGGUUGAUAAAAUGAGUGAAUCAAGUUGUAAAGGUAUUUGUAGGUAAUUAAAACUAAUAAUGGUGUUACCAAGGAAUCUUUAGGAGUCUCCCCCCAGCCCCCAAAAUGGGCCUCAAAAGAUAGAAAAUUACUGAUUUAUUUUGUGCUGUCCCAUCUGUGAAACCUGUUUGUAAUACUAUAUCAAUAUAAAUUUAUUCCUGCAUAAUCAGGAACAUGUGAAAGUGUACAUAUUUUGAUUACCAAGAAUUGGAAAUAAAAAAAGACCUAAAGUAUAUGCUAGAAAGUUGAGAUAUUUUGGUAUUUUUUAGGUUUUAUGGUAUAUUUGUGUGCAAGUUUUAAGUCUUCAUUUCUUGAUUCUAGGUUCUUUAGUUACUACUUAUAUACCUAUUAAUUUAUAUAUCUUAAUCAUUAAAACCUAUUUGGGUUUUGCUUUGUGUUAUUUGUUGCUUUAGGGUAAUAUCAGUCCUUAUAGACUACUGUGUUUUGAAAUCAGAAUCAAAGGUUUGAAGGGAA